CGAGAAGAAUCUCUCGCGCGCGCACGCCCUACCCCGAACAGUUCGCGUGCACGCGUUAACCGUACUGCAACAGCACACGCGUUCAAGACGUCGUUUACGACGACCGUGCGGGAUGGCGCUAAAACCGUUGAAAACGAAACGAAACUGGAUGGAGGCGGUGCUGGACGAGUUCUACGCGCAGAUAGUGGCCAGGCUGGAACGCGACGAGCUGAUACCCGCGUACAAGCGGUCCAUGCACCUCGAGUACGUGGCCACCGUGGUGGAUGGGCUGAGCGGCCCGUGGUGCGGCCGCGACCGGCGGCGAGCGUGCGAAGCCGCCGUGGCCGGGGCCGUGGCCUACCACGACCGCGUGGUUCGCGUCAACGGGUCUGUGUGUCCGCUGGGCAAGCACCACGAUAUGCUGCACGUGAUGGCCCGCUUCGCCAUGGACGCGGACGCAGGCCCCGAGUCCGUGGCCGCCCUGUUGACGGCCAUCUACACGUGCGAGAAAACGUUGGAGAAGCUGUUUGAGGGCGCGGUGGUGGGCAGCAAAGUGGCGCGGAUGAUCAGCGGCCGGUGGACGGACUACGGAGUGACGGCCGCGGAAAACCGGACGGCAUUGGCGUUCUUCCUGGACCGGGCAACGCGCGCGCGACUUCUGCUCGACGGCCGCAGGAUGCAGGACGUGCGCAUGCAGUCGUAUCGGGCCACGCCAGUGGUGGUAGCCACGGCCACCGGCGACGCGGCCGCCGUCGCGCUGCUGCUGCGGUACGGCGCGGCGGAGCGGUCGGUGCGCGCGGCCAUCGCGUACCUGCGCAACACCGCGGACCAUGGCGACCGGCCGCUGGGGGCCGGCGCCCAGGCCUGCAUGGACGUGCUGCUCAGGGCGGUGGUCAGCGAGCACGGCAGCACGGGCCACGAUGACGACGACCACCGCUGCGACGAUCCCGUCACCCGUACGCCGCCGUCACUGAUGCACCUGGCCCGGUGCGCCGUGCGCAACGCUUUGCACGAAAACUUCCGCUUGCCGCACGGCAUACCACAUUUGCCCGUGCCCAGGUCGUUGGCGUCCUAUCUGGACCUCGAGCAUUGAACAUCGUCCACGUGCCGAACGCGACAACGGUUUUGAACGCAAUUUUUGGAUUUUUUUUUGUCUAGAUCUUUUCCGGAAAUCGGUACCACCGCCAACCGGUCGCGUUACCCUGAACCGAUACCGCGGUGUCCGCGGGCGAAAAAAAAUUAAACGAUCGAAUCAAAACCGCCAACACUUUGUUGAUUUUUUCGUUCGUUUUGUCGGGGUGACGCGUUCGCUUCGAAAUCGCAAAGCAUGACGGAUAACGAAUUUCGGAGUCCGCGGACGAUAAAUAUCGUUAGGUUAACGAAUGUCGCGGGGAUGCUGGAUCGUAUUUCCACGACGGUUUAUAGAAUUUUGUUCGUAUUUUUGGUCUUACGAUUAAAUACUGUUUUUUUUUUAUUUACUAUGACAGUUUUGAUUAUCUAAAAUUAUUGUAUUGUCGAUAGGUUUUGACGUUUUGUUAUGUAAUAACAUUGUAGUAUGAAAAAAAAAAAACAUUAUUAU